ACGCGUCCCGCUCCCGUUUUGGCGGCCGAUUCCAAUUUCGAACUAAAAUUUGAAUUUCAGAACACGUAAUUGUUUUCGUUGAGGACGUUAAAUAAUAAUAAAGUCAACACUCGAUACCGUUAUUUAAUUUUUGGAGCAAAUAGCGCGUUGAUUUUAAAUGAAGUUGUCAGGUGUUUUGUGAAUUUUCUAGUGUUUUUUGUGUACUUUUAUUUGAACGAAAAUGUUAGGAUUUACCUUUUCAUCGCUGAUGCUGAUGCUAUUUGGGGGUGUGACCAGCCUCCGUGACGUCAAGCUCCUGGUUCAUCCCACCACAGUGGUGCGAGGAGGGACAGCUGCUCUGAUCUGUUCCCGUGACAUGCAGGGAGCCCCUCUGUACUCCGUCAAGUGGUACAGAGGCAAUCACGAGUUCUAUAGAUACACGCCGAUGGACGACAAGCCGACACAAGUCUUUGGACUGCCCGGCAUCACAGUGGAUAUGAACAACUCCAACGGCUCGCAAGUCGUGCUGAAGAAGAUGGACCUGUCCCUCGCUGGAAACUUCAGCUGUGAGGUCACGGCUGACUCCUCUUUCGCUACCCAGAUCGCUACCAAGUUCGUGGAUGUUAUAGCGUUGCCGAGCUUGGACCCAGUUUUGAAGGCAGACAAGGAGCGCUACCAACCAGGGGAGUUGCUGAAGGCUAACUGCACUUCAUCUCCUGCGAAGCCAGCAGCCAACCUCACCAUUAAAAUCAAUGAUGAGCCGCUGCGCUCGUCAGAGACCAGUCUCCACGCCUCCGAGACCGGUCUUCUCUGGACCAGCGUCCACGCCGAGAUGAAGGUCACUCCUCAGCUGUUCGUGAGCGAGCGGCUACGAGUGACCUGCGUGGCCUCAGUCCACGACCUGUACAAGAGAGAGGCUUACUUGGACUUCUUCACGCCUGAUACAGAUCCUAGGCCUGAGAGAAUCACCCUCAACGGAGGCGCGUCCAGGUGUUUCCUCAGCUGGGUGUUCUUGUUCUUCGUCAUGUUCCUGCCUUUCGCCAUGGGGCAGGACUUCAUCUACGAAGAUUACCCAGAGUACUACGAAAGCGACCACCCCAUUAGAUCUACUGUUGAGCGCACGCUCCUCGGCGGCUGAACCAUCGCGAACUAUCUGUGUGAUACGAAUUUAAUCUGUGCGUUAGUUGUAAGACUCCUAGACUACGGACUUUUAGUCGGCCGAUAGUUGGGCCCGAUU